CAUUAAGAUACAUGAAGCUAAUGACUAUAUAUAAAUAAAAAACCUCGAGUAAUUUUUACCUUCACGUCCAAGGAAUACCCAAGAGUAAAGCAUAUAUCUAGGAUAUACAAAAUGAAUUACAUAUUUGUUUGCCUGAUACUUGCAUUAUCUAUCUUGGAAGCAUCAACACAGUUUUAUCAAGACUACCGAUCACAAAGAAAAUUCAUGGACGAAGGAUUUGAAUAUAUUCGUGAAUCUCCAUCUUUUCAAUAUAACACUUUUUCACGAUAUUUAUAUCCAAGAUCGAGACAAACAAGGAGACCCAGUAUAUAUGAAACCUAUAGACCUCAGAGACAAUACAAUUCAUAUGGCAGUGGUAUAAUGCAGUCACGAGGAUUUUUAGAUGAAGGAAUGGAACACGUGCAGGAACGUGGGACAGUCGGGGAUAUGCAUUCAUUAAUGUCAAAUCCAUCCUUAUUAAUGGCUGCUUUAUUUGCAUAGGAUAAACAAAAAGUCAUAUCAUUCUACGAACUUAUUUACAUAACAGUUUAGUUGGUUUGGUCACUAUACACUUUUUAUAUUAAAAAGUCAGCAUAAACGACAUGAUGCAUAGCGGAACAGGACAGUGUAUCAAAUCACAACAUACUUUUCGACCCCAGAUUAACUAAAACUGUGAUCACAUACUUUUGUAAACGACCUAUAUAAAUAUAUCUAUUAUAAAUAGUGCGAGAACUAUAAUAUGUUGUUGUUGUUACAAAGGAAUUAAGAUGGAGGUAUACUAAAGUGCUUGGCAAUAGCUCAUGUUGUCAACCUUGAAUUUGAUUAACUUUGUUAUCUUGUCAUUGUUAUAGACAGUUUGUUUUACAAUUUUGUUGUAGUUAUAUGUGUUGUUUGUCAAAGAUUUGUUUGUUGAUUAAAGAAUUAUAUGUAUAAAUGUACUUUUUGGAAUAAAAUAAAUAAACGCAGA